CAACUGUAUCUCACCAUGCAUGGAUUUGGUAAUAACUUGCAGCACCCAUAUCCGCUCAAAGGCUCCAAGGGGGCGUCGUUGCCGCCACGACCGACCCUCGUCUUCCUCAUCGCGCUCUUUGGCCUCUACGUAUGCUACCUCUCCUUCAAUCAGAUAAGGAUGGAGAGCAAGCAUGGGGAGGAGAAUGGUGCACAAGAACCGAAUGAACAUGUUUGCGCAAACCCUUAUGUUCCAAGUGAGGAGCUGCCCUAUGUGCACUUCCCACAGCCAAAGGGUUACAGCAGGGCGGAAUGCUCGUGUAAUCCUGUGCGGUUCUUUGUGAUCGUGUCGAUGCAAAGAUCGGGAAGUGGAUGGUUUGAGACACUGCUAAACAGCCACCCUAACAUCAGCUCGAACGGCGAAAUAUUCAACAGAGUGGAUAGAAGACAAAAUAUAUCGUCUAUCGUACAAACACUCGACAAACUGUAUGACCUGGACUGGCUCACAAGUGCAGCAAAGAAUGAGUGCACGGCUGCAUUUGGAUUCAAGUGGAUGCUAAAUCAGGGUUUUAUGGACCAUCAUGAUGAUAUACUUAGUUAUUUGAACAAGAAGGGUGUCUCUGUGAUAUUUCUCUUCAGGAGAAAUACACUACGCAGGCUUAUCUCUGUGUUGGCCAACAACUAUGACAGAGAUGCAAAGCAGCUGAAUGGAACCCACAAAUCUCACGUCCACUCGGAAGAAGAGGCCGAGAUACUCGCAAAAUUCAAACCAGAACUGGACGUGUCAACCCUGGUUUCAAACAUCAGGGAUGUCGAGAAGUACAUGGGAGACUGCUUGGACAGCUUCAACACAACACGGCGCAUGAUCCUCUACUACGAGGACAUAAUCAGAAACAGAAAUGCAUUAUUCCAGGUGCAGGAAUUCCUCGGCGUUCCGGUGAGGAAACUGGUGAGCAGGCAGGUGAAGAUUCAUACACGCCCGCUUCCGGAUCUUGUCAGGAACUGGGAGGAUGUGAAUAGCAGACUCAACGGGACAGAGUACGCGCGUUUUCUCGAUGGCGCAGAUUACGUGAAGUGAUGCGUUUGGAAUUCUGAUGUAGGUUCAAGAUCAUUUGCAAGGGAUUCUUCAGACCCCACAGAGUAGUGAAAGUCUGUAGACCUGUAGUCUCCAGAGGAUUGAUUAUUUUGUACAAUGAGGUAGUUAAAGUGCAUGAAGCUUAGAGAUCGAUACAUGGAAAUAAUAGGGCAAACUGUACAGUUUCUAGGCUACGUCAACAUAUUUUCAGCCGUUCAUUACUUUCAGACCACACAGAGUAGCUCAAAAUUGCUGACAUCUGGUGAUGGUGUAUUCUUUGGUCUUCUUCA